GGGAAAGGGACGAUUCGGUCGUUCUGAUUCCAUUUGACCGGCUAAUGGCCACAGCGUGGGAAAAGGGAUAAGCCCGAAUUUUCCCUCUUGGUCCUCCUUUUUGUUUUCUUCUUUGACUUUUGUCUUUCAGCUCCCUCUAGAUUGUUUUGUGACAUCUUGGCAACGCACGCACUUCACGGUAGUCAGCAUGCAGGAGCCGAUUUCUCUCUACGAUCGGCACGACGACACGAAAGGCGCCAGCACCAGUCAACAACGUAUUCAGGAUGACCAGGGUCUCGGCCGGGUGGGAAAGAAGCAGAUUCUCAAACGUCGCUUUGGAUUCCUGUCCAUUUUGGGCUUCUCCUGCACUAUUCUGGCUUCCUGGGAAGGGAUCUUGUCAACGUUUAUCAUCUCGUUCGAAGAUGGAGGCCCUGCCGGUACCGUGUAUAGCUUUCUGGUCGUCUGGCUGGGCACUUUCUCGACUUUUCUGACACUUUCAGAAUUGGUUUCAAUGGCGCCGACCUCGGGUGGACAAUACCAUUGGGUUUCGAUGAUGUCUCCGGUAUCGUGCCAAAAGUAUCUCAGUUUCAUUACAGGAUGGCUAAUCGUCAUUGGCUGGCUUGGCGCAUUUACAUCAACGUGCUAUCUGAGUGCUUCCCAGAUUCAGGGCCUGGUUGUAUUAAAUCACAGUUCCUAUAUCCCUGCACCGUGGCAGACCGUAUUGUUAUUCUAUGCCAUUCUGGCUUUUGCGGUGUUCGUCAACGCGGUCGCCAGCACCUGGCUACCGAAGUUCGAGGGGUUUGUUCUGAUCCUCCACAUUGCUGGCUUUUUCGCGAUCAUCAUUCCUCUCCUCUACCUGGGCAGUCACAAUCCCGCCGCCGAUGUUUUCGGUGAAUUCAGGAACGAUGGAGGCUUCCAGACACAAGGCUUGGCUUUCAUGGUCGGCAUGACAGGAGCCAUGUUCUCUUUCACAGGCGCCGACGCCGCUGUCCAUAUGAGUGAGGAAAUCCACAAUGCGGAGCGAGUUGUACCGCAGUCCAUUCUGACAUCCGUCUUGAUCAACGGUCUUCUGGGGUUCGGCAUGGUCCUAAGCACGUUGUUCACCAUGACGGAUGUCACGACGGCACUUGAAUCCCCGACUGGCUACCCGUAUAUGCAGGUGUUCUGCUCAGCCACCAGCUCCAUUGGGGGCUGCACGGUGAUGAGCGCUAUUGUGCCCAUCCUAGUCACAGCCACGGCUGUUGGCUCUUUGGCCUCGUCCUCUCGUAUGGUCUGGUCCUUUGCUCGAGAUCGCGGUCUCCCUGGCUGGCGUUUUCUGAGUCGGGUCAACUCCCAAGCCGUCCCUCAAUACUCCAUUCUCGUUGUCACAGUAGCCGCCGUGCUUUUGGCCUUGAUCAUCCUGGGCUCCGCCGCCGUUCUGAGCGACGUCGUCUCUCUCUGUGUCAGCUCUCUCUACACUUCCUACCUGAUCUCCGCCUCGCUGCUAAUCUGGAAGCGUUGCACGGGCGGCAUCCGGGACUCUGCAAGCCACACUAUGGAAUCUUUGGUCAAUACCCCCGGGGCACCGCUGGCCUGGGGACCAUUCCACAUCCGGGGCGUGCUAGGUGUCUUCGUCAAUGGCUUCACCGUCGUCUAUCUGACGGUGGGCGUGUUUUUCACGUUUUGGCCGGACCAAAUGAAUCCCACGGCCAGCACAAUGAACUGGGCGGUCGUGGGGACGGCGGGGACUAGCGUGCUGAGCACCGUGUAUUAUGUUAUCUGGGCGCGAAAGGAGUAUACGGGACCCGUUGUCGAAAUCAACCGCGAUUGAGACGGAUACGUGCAGCUUUCGAGCACUGCUCUUCCCUGCUGCCUCAAGCCCGAACAUCGGUCGAUCGCGGAUUCAUCGUCAAAUGUUUGACAGAAAAAGCCUGAUGAACAAAAAAGUGUGGGUUUCAAGUCCCACGAUCAAAGACCUUUGAAAAGGAACUUUAUAUACAUUCUUGACUGUCGCCGCCCAUUUUCCUAUACCAUCACUAAACAUCUGGAUCCUCCUCACGUAUCACACAUCAUCCAUCUCACCCCUAAAGCACCGAACAUCUAGUACCUUCUGCCCCAUAGACACAACAAAUCAACUCUAAGUCG